AUGGCUAUGUUCUCUCACCGUCUCCGACGAGCGUUACUCACUGCAACUUCAUCUUUAAACCGACCAAUCUCUCUCUCCCCAGCUACCCUUGCCCCACCCGCCGAUUUCCCUUCUGUAUCGACGGUGCUACAGAGAUCCGUUUUAGGGCGUUUCACGGGAGCUACUCGAGCUCCGGCGAGGCUGUUUUCUACGAAGCAGUACAAACUUUACAAAGAAGGCGAUGAAAUCACAGAAGACACUGUGCUGUUCGAAGGAUGUGAUUAUAAUCACUGGCUCAUCACCAUGGAUUUCCCCAAGGAUAAUCCUCUGUCCCCUGAGGAAAUGGUCUCUACCUACGAGCAAACUUGCGCCAAAGGGCUUGGCAUCAGCUUGGAAGAGGCGAAGCAGAAGAUCUAUGCUUGUAGCACAACCACUUACCAAGGCUUUCAGGCAAUUAUGACUGAACAAGAAUCAGAAAAGUUCAAGGAUCUACCAGGAGUGGUGUUUAUAUUGCCAGAUUCCUACAUUGAUCCCCAGAACAAAGAGUAUGGAGGAGAUAAAUACGAGAACGGAGUGAUCACACACAGGCCACCACCAAUUCAGCAUAACAGAAGACCCCGUGAUAGGUUCAAUUCAAGAUUUGACCGUCAAGGAGGAGGAGGAGGAGGCGGUCCUCAAAACUUCCAAAGGAGCCCACAGUAUGGUCAGCAACCGCCAAUGCAAGGUGGUGGAGGUGGCUACGGUGGUCCUCAGCAGAGCUAUGGUCCUCCAGGACAAGGAACUCAAGCUCCUCCUCCUCCUCCACCGUUUCAGGGAGGUUACAACCAAGGGCCUCCGGGAUCUCCACCACCUCCAUACCAGGGAGGUUACAAUCAAGGCCAGGGAGCUCAGGCGCCUCCUCCAUACCAAGGCGGGCCCGGGAACUAUAGCCAAGGGCCACAAGGAGGUUACAACCAAGGAGGGCCUAGGAAUUACAGUCCGCAGGGGAAUGGAAACUACGGUCCUGCACCGGGAGCUGGAAAUCCCGGAUAUGGUCAGGGAUAUUCUGGAGCUGGACAAGUGCAGAAUCAGACGCUUCCACAGGCAGAACAGAGGAACCAAGGCUGGAACAACAAUAAUCCUGCAGACCAACCAGGAUCUGACCAAUUUCCACAGGGAAGAAGAUACUAG